GUGACUUUUAUUACUCGACAAUAUAUUUAGUUCGCCGUGUGAGAGUUUAUCUGCUGCUGCUGAAGAAAUCCUGCCAGCUUAACAAACGAAAUAUGAGAAGGAGGUCAGCCGUGAGCUCAGACUGCUGCAGAACAACCGGAAACCCGAGAUAAAGUCACACAGAGCAGACAUCCCACAGCAACAUGAAGUGUAAGGACAAAGAAGUUCGUGAUGAUCAGCAGGUCUGUAACCAGGAGAUGAGCUCCAGUGUGGACCAGGAGAAUCCUGAUCUUCCACCGAUUAAAGAGGAACAGGAGGAACUCUGCAUCGCUCAGGCAGGAGAGCAGCUUGUAGUGAAACAGGAGGCCGAUGGCAUCAUUUUCUGGACCGGGGAAGAGCGCCUCAGGCUGCUGGAUGUCAUCUGGAGUCCUGAAAGAAAUUUACUACACAGAUCAGACCUCCCACAACAACACGACUGUAAGGAAGAAGAGGGCCUGGAUGACCAUCAGGUGUGUAACCAGGAGAGGUACUCCACCCUGGGCCAGGAGCACCCAGAGCCGCGACACAUUAAAGAGGAACCGGAGGAAUUGUGCAUCAGUCAGGAGGGAGAGCAGUUUGCACUGAAGCAGGAGAGUGAUACCUUUAUGGUGACUCAGACUUACGAGCAGUGUAGGCCAGAACCAAAGCGUGAGCAGUUUCUCUCUCAUAACUUACCUGAACCACAGAGGCGAGAUGUGGAAGAAGGCAGGCAUGUGGAUUUGGGAUCAACUAGAAGAGCAGAGCCGAUAAAGAGGAAACCUCGCGGUGAGGGAGCAGAUGAGUCUCCCGGCUCAGAGGGCCAGUAUACAACAAACACAUUUAAAAAGGGUUUAAAAUGUGAAACUUGUGGAAAAGUCUUUCAUUUUAAAUCUGGACUAAAUGAACACCAGAGAGUUCACACAGGUGAGAAGCCUUAUUGUUGUAGUGUCUGUGGAAACAAAUUUAGUUUCUCAUCUGCAUUCAAAGUUCACAUGAGAAUUCACACUGGUGAGAAACCAUAUUCUUGCAGUACUUGUGGAAAAUGUUUUAGAGAUUUAAAAUCAUUCAAAACUCACACUAGAAUUCACACAGGUGAAAAGCCAUAUUCUUGUAGCAUCUGUGGAAAAACAUUCAGGGACUUAUCAGGAUUCCGAAAACACACAAGAAUUCACACAGGUGAGAAGCCAUACGUUUGCACCAUAUGUGAGAGAAGCUUCAGUCAAAUGAUACACUUGAAAACACACAUGAAAAUUCACACAGGUGAGAAGCCAUUAUCGUCUGGCCCCCAUGGCAAAAGAUAUAGAUACUCAUUUGGCUUGAAAGCACAGAUGAGAAUCCACACGGGCGAGAAGUCACAUUUUUGUAGCACAUGUGGGAAAACAUUCAAGCAGAAAACACGGUUUAAAAGACACAUGAGAAAUCAUACUGGUUAAAAAUGUCAUCUUUUAGAUUUUUAGCACUGUGUUCAUAGCACAGCCUGAGACGCCAAAUCAGUGCAACACCUGUGAGGAAAAAAUGAUCUCAUAUAUUCUAAUACUGGCUUAUUCUUAUAAUUGUAGGGAAAGCCUUUUGUUUGUUUGUUUUUAAAUCUAGAAAUGAUAUUUUUAGCCUGUAGAGAUAAUACACAAAAAUUAAUUGUAGAGUUAUGUCCUUAAACUUGAUUCACUAAAUAGCUUUGUUGUUUAAAAAAAAAAAAAACAAAUGUUCAUUUUUGUUUAGUUUUGUUUUUCAUAGUAAAGAUUUGAUUCUUCUGUGAGGUUUUUAUUUCAGUUUUUCUUCUGUCUUGUAUCAUUUUUAUUUUAUUUUAUUUUUUAAAUGACUAACCUGUAUUUCAUUACAAAUGGCUUGACGGCAGGAGGUGUGUAUAAUGUCUCUAGGCUGGUAAAUAUGUACGCUUAUGGAAGUUGUAGUGCAGUAUUGACAAGCAACAUGAUUUGUAACAUGGCACCUGAUUGUCAAAUGAAAUUUCAGUCCUUCACAUGGUUUGACAAAAACAUGACUCUUAAAGUUAAUAUGAGUUUAUUAAACAUCCAGACAUUCUAAGCAAAGCACGGUGCAGUUGGUGAAUGGACUCGAUCGUUUACUCCAGCUGAGGAUGGAGGGCAACUAAGAAACGUCAAACAGCUUACAACAACAUAGGAGUCCGUCUGUUAUAAUGUGUAUAUCUACGCUUAUGCGCAGUAAGUAAAUUAUGCGUACAAAUUGAUGCUGUAAACUAAAAAGCUGUCCGGCUAAGCAACAGAUCAAGGAGAAACUCCACUAGCAAGAGACAGACUAGACUUUCAGGUCACUGAAUGUGUUGUGGUGUUUAUUGUGUUCUUAGCGAUGUGCUUAGUAUGUUAUUUAUCUUUAAAGUUUAAAUAAAGAUUUCAUGAAA